UAGAUUUGGAUGAAGGUAUAGGCAACCAGUCACUGGUUAGAUAAUAGUCUAAUAAGAAAGAUCAAGAAAUGUACAAAAAUAUAUAUUGUUUUGGUAAAGGCGAUAGAAGGAAACAGACAAAGAAAUUCGGGCACAUGCCUUUCCUCCAAUGGCCCCUUUUAGGUGUGACAGAAAUAACAAAGGACGUGGACAAACUCGCAUCAGCACCAGUGAACACCCAGUCCCCUAAACAAGAUUGUCUGCAGCUUUUGCAAUAUGCAAUAUGCUGCAUAUUUACAUUCCUUCUGGCGUCAGUACAUGGGAGUGUUUUAGAGCUGACUGGUCACAACAAAACCGGUCCAAAAGGCAUCGGAAGACAGGCGUCAAGUCUCACCAAGAAAAAAACUUGCCACUAAGAGGGAAGAGAAAUAUACGAGCGCUGUGAAAAUAACUGUAAGGAAGCUAAAAGUGGAGAGUGUGAAGUGGACUACGCAGAACACCGAAAAGAUUCCAGAGGCGAAUGACCAUUGAAGGACCCUCUCCAUGGAUAUAGACACAGACUAUGAAAGGCCCAAUGUGGAAACUAUUAAAUGUGUGGUGGUAGGGGACAAUGCAGUGGGCAAAACCAGGCUCAUCUGUGCCCGCGCCUGCAAUGCUACCCUCACACAGUACCAGCUGCUCGCCACCCACGUGCCAACCGUCUGGGCCAUCGACCAGUACCGCGUGUGCCAGGAGGUGUUGGAGAGAUCUAGGGAUGUGGUGGAUGAAGUCAGUGUCUCCCUAAGACUUUGGGACACCUUCGGUGACCAUCACAAAGACAGACGCUUCGCUUAUGGCAGGUCUGACGUGGUAGUGCUGUGUUUCUCCCUGGCCAACCCCAACUCCCUGCGUCACGUCCGCACCAUGUGGUACCCUGAGAUCAAGCACUUCUGCCCCCGCACCCCUAUCAUCCUGGUGGGCUGCCAGCUGGACCUGCGCUACGCCGACCUGGAGGCUGUGAACCGCGCCCGCAGACCCCUGGCCAAACCCAUCAAGCCCACAGACAUCCUGCCUCCAGAGAGAGGGCACGAGGUGGCCAAGGAGCUGGGCAUUCCCUACUACGAGACCAGCAUCGUGGCCCAGUUUGGGGUCAAGGAUGUGUUCGACAACGCCAUCCGUUCCGCUCUCAUCUCCCGCCGUCACCUCCAGUUCUGGAAGUCCCACCUGAAGAGAGUCCAGCGGCCCCUCCUCCAGGCCCCCUUCCUGCCCCCCCGGCCUCCGCGCCCUGUGGUGGGCAUCCCUGACCCCCCUCCCAUCGACGGAGAAGCCCCCGACUCCCUCCUCUGCCAGCCGCUAUGCGCCGAUGUCCUCUUCUUACUCCAAGGCGGCGCCACGCGUGUCUUCGCACACAAAGUCUACCUGGCCACCUCCUGCUCCAAGUUCUACGACCUCUUCACCCUGGAUCUGCUGGCCAUCGAGGCGGAUUGGGAGGGAGAUGAGCGCGCCGAGAGCGGUGAGGAGGAUGAACAGAGUAGGAGAGGUGCCAAAGAGCAGGCAGGGCGUACUAAGAGCUUGGACAUCGAUAAUGAUGGGGAGGGUGGAGCCAGGGGAAUCAAACGGCCACCAAUGCUCCAGCAGGGCUCCCUGAGGACUUCCAAAAGUGAUAACGCCCUCCCCGCCAGGAGCCAGUGCUCCGUGGGGCCCCUGGGGACCGGCCGUGGCCUUUCAGGCUGGGGGAGGGGCUUCCUGAGUGUGUACCUGGAGCACGUAGCUGACCCCGAGACGGGGCGACCCCGCCUCAUGACCGUGGUCUCCAUGGACGGUCUCAUACAGGAAGAACCCUUCCAGGCGGUGCUGCAGUACCUGUACACAGGCAGUUUGGAUGAGAGCCGUGGAGAUCUGAUGCAGGUGGCCACCAUUGCUGAGCUGCUGGAGGUGUUUGACCUGAGGAUGAUGGUGGCCAAUGUGCUGAACCGUGAGAGCUUCAUGAAUCAGGAGAUCACCAAGGCCUUCCACGUCCGUCGAGCCAACCGCAUCAAAGAGUGCCUCAGCAAGGGCACCUUCGCUGAUGUGGUGUUCUGCCUGGACGAUGGCUACCUGCCGGCCCACAAGCCUCUGCUCAUCUCCAGCUGUGACUGGAUGGCCGCUAUGUUCCGCGGAUCCUUCAUGGAGAGCUACAUCAAGGAGGUGUCCAUCCCUGACACCAGUAGUGCCUGUAUGCGUGCGGUGUUGGAGUUCCUAUACUGUGGGCUGGUGACGGCCUGUCCUGACUGGGAGCCUAUGGAGCUCAUCGUCCUAUCCAACCGGCUAUGUCUGCCACGCCUCGUUGCCCUCACAGAGCAACAUGUUGUGGAUGAGCUGCUACAGUGUUUGGUGAAGGGAGUAGACAUUGACGGACAGGUGCUUGCUUACCUGGAGUUGGCUCAGUUCCACAAUGCCAAGCAGCUUUAUACCUGGUGUCUCCAUCACAUCUGCACCAACUACAACAGCGUUUGUCGCAAGUUCCCCAAAGACAUGAAGGUCAUGUCUCCAGAGAACCAGAGGCACUUUGAGAAGCAGCGGUGGCCUCCAGUGUGGUUCCUGAAGGAGGAGGAUCGCUACCUGCGCUCUCAGAAGGAGCGCCAGCGGGAGGAAGAGAUCCUCCGUAAGCAGCACACCAAGAGGGGCUGGUGCUUCUGGAGACACCCGUCCUCCUCACCCCACGUCUCCUGAGGCUGUCGCCCCUCCAUGACCCCUCCUAACCUCAGACUGAGGAGGCCAUGAGCCUACCACCCCUCCAUAACGGGAGAGCCAAGUCUCACCUCUGUAUGAUUGUCUGUGGUUGUACUGGGGACCAGAAGUCCUCACAAGGACCAUUUGGACAACUGGGGACAUUUUGCCAGUCCCCACAAAGAAAAGGGCUAUUUUAAGCUUAGGGGUUAGGUUUAGGGUUACAAUUGGGGUUCAGGUUAGAAUGAAAGCCAGGAGUUAGGUUUAUUUUUAGGGUUUGGGGUUAAGGGUAAGUUUUGGGUUAGGGGAAAUAGGAUUUUGAAUGGGAAUAAAUGUGUUGGUCCACACAAAGGUAGUAAAACAAACGUGUGUGUGUGGUUCUCCACCCCCACAGCUGUAGGUCAGGCGUGGGCAAUUUUCUAUACCCCAGCUGGCCUCUUCUUGCCAGGCCGCAGUCCAGUGCUGCCUCUUCCCCCUGAGCUCCACUCAGCCACCAACCGGGGGUGACGGGACUGGGAACAAGGGCUCUCUCGGUCUCUCAGUCACACAGAUGCUCAAGACCAUUCCACAGACCACUGCGAAGACUCCCCUAUGGGGAGGUUACCUCUGCCUUCAAGUCUAUUCAGACUGUUAGAACACUGAACCAGACCGUUAGCCAGAGGCGCGCCAGCGCUGGUCCAACACACAAGGAGGAAUGUUUCUGUUUGGUUUUGUUUCGCCGUGAGGUCUGGUCAGGGGUAAUGACACACACCACCCAAAGACACAUGCAGUGUUGAAGACCCUGAUGACCAAAAUGGCGGCAGGGAUUUCAAAUUAGAUUAGAGCCGAUCCCAGACCUGGGUGUUUUGCUUCAGAGUCUCUGACCACCACUUAUGCCUGUCUAACUUCUCGUCCAUAGACUUUGAUCUCCAUUUUGGAAAAGUUUGACACCAUUUUGUUUUCUUUCGGGUCUCAUCCCAGUGAAACUCUGUGUUGGAGGUUUGAAUCCCAAAUAUUGUCCUAGGGUACCUAGACUGUUCUAGAAUCACCUGUCUCAAAGGGAGGGGGAAUAAAGGGGGUAGUCUAGGUUUAGGAACCUGCUCCAGCCCAGCAGAUGGCUAGUGGUUCAAGCACGCAUCAUGACCCCCCCCAACCCCCACAUAACACUAAGAGGAGAGGCCAGCAGUGCUGAACAAACUGACCAAAUCCCCCUCAAAGACAUUCAAAGUGAACACUUGAUAGCAAUUCUUGAUCAGAGGGCUAUUUGAUACCACUGCCAUGGGAGGGAGUAAGAAGCAGAACUGAACAGAGUUCUUGCUCUGCCUUGAUUGACCACUAGGGUGCCCCUCAGCCAGCCUGCCUUUACUCAUCCUUAACACAGGGGGCAGCACUGCUCAGGGUACCAUCAUCAACCGUCACCCGGAGCAAACAGGAGUUUUCUCCCCUACCUGUUUAUAUCUUUGAUUCCAGUAGCUUUUGACUUUUUCUUUUAUUCCAGUUUUAUUUGAAAGGCAACUUUAGCUGUUUGUCCUCACAUAGUGUUGAAAGGUAUUAUACCAAAAAUGAAGCUGUGACAUGUUCUCUCCCUCCUGUCUCCUCUCCUCCUCCGUAACAUGGCAAAUAUGGGAGGAAAGGAAAAAGGGAUUAGGAAAGGAGGAAUAAUCUUUUGAUCCCUGUCUGUGUGUCUUUAAAGCUGUAGUGUCAGGUAAAACCCAAGUGUCACUGCAGCACAUUCUUUCACACCUCUAGCUGGAAUUGAAAACGGUGCUCAAUAUGUCUACUAAAAGACACUAUGACACACACUUACACACACACACACACACACACACACACACUUACAUACACACACACACACACACACACACUUAAGCAUACACACACACACACUUACAUACACACACACACACACACACUUAAGCAUACACACACACACACUUACAUACACACACACACACACUUAAGCAUACACACACACACACUUAAACAUACAUGCACACCUUGAUCCUUUUCUGUCCACUAAUUUUGAAAUGUCAGCCCAGUCCUUCAUCAGUGUUAAUAUGCAGGAACCUGAUCUACAAAGAUAAUGUUACAUUCACAUCUGAUGCACAAGUGUCCUAUGAACGGUUUAGGAUCUCUUGGAAAAGCUUGAGGGGUUUUGGGUUAUUUUUCCUUAUCCAAAGGUGUGUGGCAGUCUAAUAGGCGUUGUGUUCGUGAAUAUAUUCAGAGUAUUAUUCAUUUCAAUGAUGGUCGUUUCAGUAUGAGUAGAGUUGAAUCUUAACAUUAAGUUAAAUACAUCAUUUGCAAUACAGUAUUAGACCAAAUAUUGGACUUGCUUUUAGUUUCAGAGUGCAGUUUUAUUUAUUUGCGAGGGAGUGUGAUGUUUCAAUCAGUUGUUAACAAAGAGGAUGCAGUUCCAGCUUUUAGUUGAAUGCUAUUGGAGUUGGAUGUUGAACUGCUGAGGAACUCUUCAUAACCCAGUGCACCUUUAAGAUCUCCAUGAAUCCACCACAGUGUAUCAGAACAGGUGUGUUGAAAGAAGAAGAGAACUAGUAAACUGUGUUUGUUACUGUGUUUAAUUUCCUUCUCUUUAGGAGUGAAUGUGGGGGAAAACAAGUAUUUUUGUUACUGUGUUUAAUUUUCUUCUCUUUAGGAGUGAAUGUGGGGGAAAACAAGUCUUUUUGACACGUUCUUUAUUAAGCACUGUUGUUCUAUUUGUGGAUUUGAGAUUUCAUGUAACAUUGUCAUCAUAUAAUAGGGGCUCUUAUCCAGCGAAUAGGGUUCAAUUCCUUGCUCAAGGGCACAUAGGCAAAUUUGUCACCUCUGGGAUUAGAACAACAACAACCUUUUGGUUACUGAUCCAACGCUCUUACCCGCUAGGCUACUUGCCGACGGUGACUAACAGCGGGAGUUGGAUAGAUGGUGUGAAACAUGGCUCGGUUUGCUUUUCUCCACAGAAGACAUGUUUUGAGUCUUCAACGGCUACUGAAAUAGCUGUACGGUAGGAUCUCACGGGACCCAAGUGAGAAUUGGGCUGACCUUACCAACAAAAUAUAGAAGGGAAAGUAACCCAGGCUGACCUUACCAACAAAAUAUAGAAGGGAAAGUAACCCAGGCUGAUCUUACCAACAAAAUAUAGAAGGGAAAAUAACCCAGGCUGACCUUACCAACAAAAUAUAGAAGGGAAAAUAACCCAGGCUGACCUUACCAACAAAAUAUAGAAGGGAAAAUAACCCAGGCUGACCUUACCAACAAAAUAUAGAAGGGAAAAUAACCCAGGCAUCUUAAAAAUAGUCCUAGCGCCCCUAUUUAGGGCUGGGAUAUUAGAACAUUCAUCUGGGGUUGACGUGGGGACAUACAGAUGUUUUCACUUCAUGACCCCUUUCUAUGCCCCAAGGAGGAGUUAUUUGAGUCCUACUAAUGGUAGACAUGCCCUACAAAGCCUUCCCUCGUGGUUUGUGCCUUAAAAAUGUACAUCCACUAUGAGGAACCGAGUAUACUCUUAAGUGUGUAGUGUAGUUUUAAGGUAGUUGUAUACAGUUACAGACAGGUUCUGCAAAGGAUAAUAGCUGAACUGAUUGAUUUAGUGUCUGGUUAUGCUAACACACCCAGUCUCACCCCCCACCCAGGCCAGAGAGGCAGGUCUCUCCCUGGUCUGUCUCGUACAACUGAGCCUCCCUCUGGGGCAGCAGACCCCAGCCCUCCUGGAGAGACACUGGGUCUGCUGGUGGUCAGUCAACGACAGUCCUUAAAUUAGUAGAUGAAGGGGAUUUCAUAUAUUGUAUGGUCUGUUUCUGGUUGGCAAACUGAUUGAGUCAGUCCUAAACCAGCAGAGGAGCCACUGUAAACCCCUAGAGACCCAGGGUUAGACACCUCUGACCUCGCGGAUACCAAAGCUUACUAUGAGGAUACUGGUUUCCUUGUGUGAAUGAUGGUCAAUACUUGUGGGAUGUGGUUAUUAGUAUUUUUGCAUGGUGGCCUAAUUUUGGCAUUGUAAUGACACUUUUCUCUUGACUUUUAAUAUUGGAUUGCACUUUUCUUAUUUUCUGUCGUUUUACCUCUGCCUUUUUGUGCUUGGCAUGGACUACUUCUUUCAAAAGUUUAUAAAAAAACAAUGAUAUUUUGUAGCAUGGGCGUCUCCUUUUGUUUUCUAACGGUCCAUGUGGUGUACUUGGUUUUAUUGAGUGGGUGUCUCAUGCUCACGGACAAAGACAAACUGGACUCAGUGGUAUUAUUCAUAGCAUUAGUGGCUGACAUUGAAGCCUGCGUCUAUAUUGUGGGAAGCCUCUUUAGUCAUAAUAUUCAAAUUUGAUAUAAUAUUAUUCUCAGAAUAACAUUGACGGUACACAGGAAUUUGACAGAGAUGUCUUGCUUCUUGUACACUGUUAUAGCAUUAUCUUAGCACUGUUCUGUGGUGUAUUGGAAGCAGCAGGUUAGAUAUGAGACAUGGUGUUCUUGGGUUGCCAGCUGUUGGGCAUGUGGUUGCUCCAGGAAUUGACAGUGCUAGUACAGUACAUAGUUGUAGUUUGCCACUCAAGUUCUAACACUAAAUUAAUCCAUACACCUUGAGAAUGUCCCAUUUAUAUAACGGGCUUCCUUGGGAGCUAAAUGGACUGUUUUCAUUGGACUUGUAAAACGAUUCCUUGGCUUUGACCAACCACCGAUAGUUUAGCCACAUUUUCCCCUAGAGGCUCAUUUCUGUAACUUCGCAUUUGGUGUGAGAUGAUGGACUAUCAUUUGAACUGCGGUUACUGCACUACUGUCAUUUAGUCCAGACUCUUUUAUGAUGUCACUUUAACAUCACCCUAGUUCAGAUUAGCUAUAGAGUGUAGUGGUAUAAACUCAAGAAAACAUGAGUGUUCCUAUGAGAAUUUGCUGCAGCAUUGAUUAAGCUAAUAUUUUCUAACAUGACAUUUAUUCAUGGAAAGCAACCAUUGUUGUUUGCCCCUGGCCUGGCGUCUCCUGUGCCUUUUGAGAUAUUCUCACGCUGUUGCCUGUCUCCCCGAGCCCUCCUAUAGGCUUGCCAUAUGCAUGAGGGGGCCUCCAAACCACUGCCUUCUGGGUUCAGGUUGGCACCCAAGCUAAAAACACACACACGCGCACACAUUCAACCAGACAGCUUUCCUUCUUGUCUCUUAGUGCCUGUGGAUCGACCCAUCUUUCGUAAAUCCUAUGCUGUGUACCAGAGAGGCUCUGCUAAUGAGGCCUACGGUAGUCUACAGUAGUAAGGCACCCGACUUGGGAGCUUACAAAUAUGUCACCCAAACCUUGUUACAUCAUCCAAACAAGCUAAGCUAUAGGUAAUAAACUGUGGAAAAGACAUUGAGAUCCAACAGAUUUCAGAUUUCGUAACAAACUGAUCUUUUGCACUCGGCAGUCUGUCAAGGCCUGCACUUUCCGUCUAUUAUGUAGCCUUUAAACCAUGUGUGUACUAAUACAUUAUUAAAUCAAGAUUUACCAGCUUGCCUGAGCAGUCAGAAACAACUUCAAUCCAAAUCUGGCUCCUGCUCUCUCUCUCUCUCUCUCUCCUUGGUAAAGGCUUUUUAGACAGAGACUGCGGUUGUGGAGAACUGGGCUCUUAAUUUGAAAUGUAGGGCGGGAGUCCCAUCUGUAAAGACUGAGACACUUCCACAGCAGUACUGUGUCUACCAUUUUGACUCGAAAAGGCAAAACUGCUCCUUUGCUGUAAUGGUAUUCCACAGUUAACUUUGUAAACCCAACCUCCACUUGUUUGACCCAAAGCUAGCUGUUAGCCUAGAGAAUCCUGUCUCGAAAGUGGCCCAGGACAUAGAGCUGGGAGGGGGAGAGACAGGGGCCGUAGUAGGGUGAAGAUGAAUCUCUGCUCUGUGACUUUUCAGUGUGAUUUAUGCAUAUUAUUAUUAUGCACUUUUGUUCCCCCCUUCUAAUUUCAUUUUCCAGUUCAAAGUGAUAUUAACUGCUUGUGUUAAUACAUUUAUGAAACACAACACACCACAUACACAAUACUAAGGGCUUUUAAAAAAAGACAACAAUCAGAAUGUUUUGCUGCUUUUGAAAAAUAAAAAAAAUAAUUAUUUAA